CUACCACAUUUGCACCAUCUUGGGUGGAACAAUUCAAAAUAAAGAUAGCAGAAUGUGUAAAAGAUCUGGUCAACAGAUAUAAGCAAGUUCAAAGAUAUCGAUCGAGGAGACGACCUUGUCAGAGGCUUCUUUAUUAUGAAAGUUCAUAACAGGUUACAUGCAGGGGAGACAGAUGGAAAGGACGCGGGGGUAUACAGAUCAGCGACGGGCCGUUUGCGCGCCAAAGCGCUUCGUCAGGCUGGAUGCAAAGAACUAAAACCAGGGAAGAAACACACGUACAGGAGAUAUUCUACAAGCUUGUCAUGAAAAAUACUACAACCAGCAAUAAAGGUCCCAGGUGGUAAUAGUUAUCAUGUUUUCUCGGGGUGAAGAAGAUGUAUAUAGAAAAGAGGUAUCGCAGGGUGAGCUAUAAGGGGACUAGGAGGCUAGAGAUCGGAUAAAAGUACAAUCUCUAUAGAUUGAGGGCGUAGAGGAAGUUUUCAUUCCUUUCUGGUGACGCCACAAGUGAAGAAGGAGGAAACGCCAUCAGCCAGUUUUCUUUCCAACUCUACUACAGUUUUGUGUUUCCAGUUCCCAUGAAGACCUCUGUUUUUCCGAUAGAACCCUUGAGCAGAAAGUGUCAGAUGAAGGACUGAAAAGGACGGAGCUGCAUGUGGGGAUCACACAAGGACACUUCUCUCAUGGAUGUUCGUAUUAAUUCGGAAUAUGGUGACACCACUCAACGCAUCAUCCAGUUUUGAGCCAUUUUCGAGGACUGAGGAAGAUAAUCCAUGAUCUGGUGAACUAAACUCCAGGCCAACUCUUCAGGAAGAAUGAAAUUUCCCUUGGUCAUCGUGGUGUUUGGAGUUCUUUUUGUCUCCGUAGUGACCAGUUUUGGGUUUAGAAAUUGCAUUCAGAGGUACGAAAACCUCAACACUUUCACCUGCAUAAACCGAGGUGAACUGACAAUAAACAGUGUUGUGUCUGACAUUCCUAAUAUCGCUAAGUACCUCACUAUAUCAGAAAAUAUCAUCAAAAUGUUACCCAAUGGAAGCUUUCGCCACCUGCCUCAGCUUGAGAACUUGAACCUGAGUAUGAACUAUCUGCAGACUGUUGAACCAGAGGCCUUUGAACACUUAAAUGUUUUAACGCAUAUAAACUUGUCUCAUAAUAACAUAUCCACUUUAUCCCUUGGAGUUUUUAAAGGACUUGAAAAGUUAUCCCAACUCUACCUACAUAACAAUUCACUUGUCUUCAUACAUCCUGAAGCCUUUAAACCUCUUUUUAGUCUAAAAAGUCUAAAUUUGUCAGCCAACCAAUUGAACAAUUUCAGUAGUGUUGUUCAUGCCCUUCAGCCACUGAAACAACUCACGAAUCUUAGCUUGUGUGACAAUAAUAUCGGCCAUCUUGCUCACGCCUAUUCACUUCCAAUAAGUUUGUCCACACUGUUCCUCUGCCAAAAUCACCUACAAGACUUGAAAUGCCACCAAGAUCUUUUUGCGAAGAUCAAAUAUCUUGACCUUUCCUACAACAACCUCACCCAUUCCUGCUUGCAAAACGUGAACCUAAGUCAUAUAAACUAUUUAAACAUAGUAUCUAACCCUAAUUUCGACAUUCUGACAUUUUUGGAGAAUCCCACAAUACCACCUGAGAGGAUCGACUACUCGGGAUUAAAUUUAAACACUUCUAAAAAAUUAUCUGUAAUGUGUUCCUACUUAAGAGGCAAAGAUAUUUCUCACUUAAAUUUACUCCAGAACAACAUCAAGCUUUUGCCAAACAACACAUUAGAAAAUUGUAGUUCGAGUGUCAUGGUGGACCUAUCAUACAAUAGGCUUAAAAAUGUGAGCUGCUUAAGGUUCCUCAAGCCCUCCAACUUUUCGUCUUUUACCAUUGAACAUAACCUCUUAAAAAAGUUAACAUCCUGCAACAAGGUGCCCACUUUCCCGAAGCUGAAGUCAAUAUCUUUUCGAUACAACAGAAUAUGGGCAGUGGAAUCUUAUGCAUUUACCUAUGCGCCUAAUUUAGAGGAGCUAAAACUGAACAUUAACAAUAUUAUUUUUUUGGGAUCAAAUGCUUUUCAUGGAUUAUGGAAUCUCAGUACUUUGCGUCUGGAUAACAACCUGAUAACAGAUUUGUACAUGAGUAACUUUUGGGGUUUAAGAAAUCUGCAGACUCUGAAUCUCCGGAAUAACAGGGUGUCUGUCAUUUUUGAAAAAGUAUUCAAGGGUUUGGAGAAUUUGAUCAUAUUGGAUCUUGGAGGCAACAAGAUUACGCAGGUUAAAAAUGGGUCAUUCUUUGGAAUGAAAAGUCUUUCAAAUCUGUAUCUGGAUUCCAACCAGAUUGCAAAAAUUUGUGGGGAUAUGUUCCAUGGCGUGGAGACAACAUUACAGGUGUUGGACUUAGCGUCAAAUAAGUUGCGUUAUCAAUCUUCCCAAAAAUAUUAUUCACCAUUCUCUAAACUUCAUAAAGUCUAUGACUUAAAACUUAAGAGUCAACAGCCAUAUGGUCUAACAGCCAUUCCCAAAGGCUUCUUUAAAGGCCUGGACUCCCUAAAAUCUCUGUCUUUGGGAAAUAACAGACUGACCCAGUUAGGGGUCAAUGUGUUUGAUGAUCUCAGAAAUUUGAAAUUUCUCAGUUUGUCAGAGGACUGUAAUGGAAUUCAAAACCUUUCGCCUGGAAUUUUCAAAAACUUGGGCAACCUAACAGUCUUGGACCUGGAAAAUAUGUGUAUACAGUCUUUAAACUCAGAGAUCUUCUCAAACCUUACCAAUCUAAAAAGACUCCAGCUAACAAAGAAUGGGUUAAAACAUAUAGAAGUAAAAAUAUUUGAUAACUUGACCAACUUGCAAUACCUGGAUAUAUGGAAGUGUCCCCUGACAUGUACCUGCAAUAAUCAGGAUCUCAAAAGGUGGAUGAUGACGUCAAAAGUGCAAGUUGUGUAUUUGUAUAAUAUGACGUGUAGCCAAAACCACCAUGAGCUCUUCCUUAACUUUGAUACCCAAGUAUGUGACCAUAAAGAGAGGCUAGCAUUUUUUUGCUCUUCUUUCUUCUUUUUGUGCCUCUUGAUGAUCAUACCCAUAGUAUACAGCAAAUCCUACUGGCGCCUCAAAUAUAACUACUUUCUUUUCAUCUCAUGGCUAAAUGUACGCUGGAAUUCUAGCAAGGAUCUCUACAAGUAUGAUGCCUUUGUAUCCUACAACACUCGGGAUGAAGACUGGGUAUAUGAAACAAUGCUACCCAUGCUAGAGAGAUAUCAUUCCUCAAAAAGACUUAGGCUUUGUCUUCACCAUCGAGACUUCCAACUAGGUAGAGACAUUAUAGACAACAUUGUGGACAGCAUUCACAACAGUCGAAAGACCCUCUGUGUGGUGAGCAGGAGCUACCUGCGAAGUGAAUGGUGUUCCCUAGAGAUGCAGUUGGCCAGCUAUAAGUUGUUCGAUGAAAUGAGGGACGUUCUUGUUUUAAUAUUUUUGGAGGAUAUUCCAGACCGAGAGCUUUCCACCUACCACAGGAUGAGAAAGGUCAUGCUGAAGAAGACUUAUAUCACAUGGCCAAAAGAACCUGAGGCUCAGAAGUUAUUUUGGGCCAAAGUCCGAACAGCAUUGAAGGGUGGUGACUUACAAGAUGAUGAAGAUGACUUAUUAACUAGUGAUGACCAAGUCCCCUUCAUAUCAAACUGAACCUCACAGCCACUGUAUCGGUAUAGUGUGUUGUGAAGAGAUGUGUUAACGUGGCUAUUAUGUUAGGACUUGAUAUGAUAGGAAUUUCAAUAAAGGAUUCAGAUAUAAGAUCUAUUCUUUUCAUAUACAUCUCACUUAGGAACAGGUUACAGCAACACUUUUAGGUUGUGUCUGCUAUUGGAGCUAAGUUCUAUGCAGGUAAAUGGAGCUAAACUGCGAUACCAGCCAGUGCUCUUGGACAGGACAUUACAGUCCAAUCCUUUCUGCAUUGUUUCUUGUAUUUCUAGGAAAAUACAA